UCGUUAUUCAGUGUUUGUAAUAGCGUUGCCUCGAUCUUAACUAGGUCAUCCGUCGACCUUUGCUUCCUACUAAGAAAAACAUCAGAUACAACAUCGCAAUGACGGAAGGUGGGGAAAAGAUCACGUUUUGGAACAGGCUUUGCUAUUCGCUCAGCACUAUUCCAAACUACAUGUCCCAGAUCACAAUAGGCUUGUAUCUACCUGUGUUUCUUUUGGAGGUCGUACAGCUCCCGCCAGAACGCGUUCCCAUAGUAACGACCACGUGUAAUGUUCUGUGGGCGCUAGCCUUCCCACUGGUCGGCUAUCUUGUGAACAGGACCAACACAAGAUGGGGCAAGCUCAAACCAUGGAUGUUUGUUGCGGUGGUUCCAACGGCUGUUGCCUACUUCUUCACGUGGUUUUCCAUCGGGACGUCCGGAGAGACCAGCAAGCUAGUCUGGUACACUUUCUUCGCCUGUGCUUUCUACGUACUCAGUGCGGUUUAUGGUGUUCCACAAAAUUCUCUAGUCAUGUUCGCCACAAACGAGCCAAAGGAGAGGGACAUUCUUAACGCUUUCGCUGUAGGCGGCACCAUUCUGGCGAUGUUUGGUGGCUCCCUGAUCCCCGGGUCCACCCUGGCUGCGUACGGCGCGCCUGUCGGGUACGACCCGUGUACUAAUGGCACUAACGGAACCCAUCCUGGAGCAUCGCUAGCUGUACAGAAACAGGCUUUCAUGGUGUCGGCGUCAGCUAUCGCCGGCAUAUACGUCUUGUGUGGCCUUGUGGGAGUCUUUGGUGUUCCGGAGAGAAAGAAUGUGAAACCUGACAACAGGAUAAAAAGCGGCCUCCACAACAAGUCGGUGAUAAAACAUCUCUUCACCUUCCGACCGUUCAUCUGCCUGCUGUUCAUAUCGGGGUUCUUGGGCAUGGCUGGAACGUUCAUCGCUUCCAACAUAUCUCUAGUGCUCCAGUACACGUUAGGCAUGGAAGACCAGACCGCCUUAGUGUUGCCAGUCACAACCGGCAUUGGCGCAUUGUCACUAUUCCCCUGCUAUUUGCUGCUGAAGAAGUUUGGGAGGAAAAAGUUUCUGGUUGGCAGCUUGAUUGUGAGUUUAAAGAUCUUUCAGAUCUUUUGAUUAAACUGUCAGCAAAGACAAGACCUUCAGAGUUUUGGUUUCCUACAGAGUGGUAGAAUGAUAAAUUUUUCACGUAGGCCACAGCAAGUAAAUUUUAUGGAUGGCGCACUCAAUAAUUUUUGCCUGAUUUCAUUUUUUCGGGGAUGGUCAGAUAGAUCAUAAUGGAAGCCAUGAGUGUAGUUGCCAAAAUAGGCAACUGAUACCAGUCUACCACAUUAGCGUACCUUUUAUACUAGUAACACUUCUUGAAUAUAGGAAUGAAUGACUGUUAGUUGUGAUGCAACGUUUUGUCACUUCAAUUCUUGUUACAAUGUUUAUGUAUCUUGAUUGUCUUACCCAUCUUUUUUUUUUGGCCUAUCUCAUUAUUUUUAGUCUUUAGAGAAUGUCAUCCAUAAGUUUUACUUGCUGUGGCCUUAUUACUUGAUCUAUAUGUGUUUUUGAUGUAUGUUUAUUCCAAUAUCAUGCGAAGGAAAUGUUACAAAUAGUUUUUACUGAUAUGUUGGAUUUUUUUAUAUUACAUUUAUUGUGGUAGCUAUUUUUGGUGAUGCUUCAGGGGCUAGCCUAAUUGUAUGUUAUAUGUCAGUUUGCCAAGAAUUCUCCGCAAAUACAAUGGACAACAAGGUUCUCCCUUUCGGACGGCAGGUUUUCCCAGACCAGUUUGGUGGCCGUUUAACUGUCAUCUCAGACACCGUUGCCAUGGCAAUACAUUUUAUUGCCAAACUUGUUU